CUAUUACUGUACACCAGCCUUGCAUACACACACAGGGUCAUUCUAUGGAGAGACUGAGAGGGGGAUUCUCACCUCUGUCUCAGUUGGAAUUACGACAGAGAAUGCUACCAUCUACCUGAGGGGUCCUUGGGACACCACUCACGUCAGCUGUCCUGGAUCAGAACAGACCGGGGUCUUCAGACGAUGUGUGUUUGAAAUGAGACCGUCGUAAAAGCUUGGAUCUUGGCUGUGAGGUGCUCAGAAGACGAGGGUGCUGAUGGAGGACACCAACAUAUUCCCUCCUAAUGUAUCUGUCUACAGGUUGUCAGCUGAGGGGGAGACUGCCGUUGGUGUUUACUUGUUCAUACUAGGCUGGCUCUCCUGUCUAGGUAAUGGAGUGGUGAUUCUACUGUUGGUCAAGCAGAGACACAGUCUUGAGCCACAGGACUUCCUCACACUCAAUCUGGCUGUGUCCGAUGCUAGCGUCGCGGUCUUCGGCUACUCCAGAGGGAUACUGGAAGUCUUCAACUUGUUCCAGGACGACGGCCUGCUGAUCAAGACCAUCUGGACCUGCCAGGUGGACGGCUUCCUGAUCAUGCUCUUUGGGCUCAUCAGCAUCAACACACUGACUUCCAUCAGUGUCAUCCGCUACAUCAAAGGAUGCCAGCCCAGCUAUGCUCAUUAUAAUAACCACUGUAAUGUUGCCGUGGUGAUUGUGGCAGUGUGGCUGAGUGCCCUCUUCUGGGCUGGAGCACCCCUGGUGGGCUGGGGGAGUUACACAGCUCGUAAGUAUGGGACGUGUGAGAUAGACUGGGUCCAGGCCAGGUUCUCUGUGUCGUACAGACUCUACGUCAUCCUCAUCUUCACCUUCAACUUUUUCAUCCCAUUCGUGGUCAUAUGGUUCUCCUACGUGUCCAUCAUCCGGACGGUCAACAACAGCCACAAGUCCAGCAGAGGGGGAGUGGUCAGCGAGAGAGAGAAACAGAUGGAGCGCAGUAUAACAACAGUGUCUCUGAUUCUGUGUUCAGCCUUCCUGCUGGCCUGGUCUCCCUACGCAGUCAUCUCCAUGUGGUCUGCCUGUGGUCACCAGGUGCCUCCUCUCCACAGCAUCCUGGCCAGCCUGUUUGCUAAGUCAGCCAGCUCCUUCAACCCCUUCAUCUACCUGGGCCUGAACUCCAAGUUCAGACAAGACUUCAGAGCCCAGUUCCACUGCCUGCGCCACAAUCCAGACCUCUCCCACAGGCCCGACGAGGUGCAGAUUGACCUGGACGUUAUGGAGGUGAAUGGAGGGGUGGAUGACCUGGACUCUGGGGUGGAGCUGGGUAGUGAAAGGGGUGUGGAGGAGAGGGGGGAGAACCAGAAGAGUCCUCUUAUGCCCCCGAUGAUAGCUCCCGCUCCCAGUCAUCGCCUGUUCCUGAGGAAACUCAGUGACUCUGGGCGCCUGUGAGCUCUGUCUCUUUGUUUCUGUCUCUCUGUCUCUGUCCCUCUGUUUCUGUAUCUCCCUCUGUUUCUAUCUCUGUUGCUGUCCGUCUGUCCCUCUGUGUCUCUCUUUCUGUCUCUAUUUGUCUCUCUGUUUCUGUCUCGCUGUCUCUCUGACUCUCUCUCUCUCUUGUCCUACGUACUGAGCUACAGCGGAGCUCAGCUUUCACUGUUAACUGUUCACCUCCACAGCACUCUGAUCGCCUGUACACACAUACAUUUUACUCACAGUACAGCUACCCUCUGGACUUUAAUCAAGAGAAGACAUUGGUUUUGGCCUCACCUGAAUUGUUUGGAAUCACUGAUGUUGAAGGAUUUACAGUAUGUGAGGGCAUUAUCAAUUUAGGGUCUGAAUUAAAUCCUAUUUGUUUUACUGUUUUACAUGUUACUCUAAAGCUGUAAAUAAUUAGUUAUUUUUUUUAAAUAAAUCCUUGGUUUUAGGUUUGUA